AUGGCGGUGGAUUACAAAAUAUAUCUCGCUGAGAAUGUGCUCAGCGAGCGCCGUGUGGUUACGUAUCGGCUGCUCAGUCGAGCUUUGAAAGUCCACAGUAACCUUGCCAAGCAAAUGUUGUUUGACUUUCAUAAAACGGAAAAUGGAAAGAAGCCCAGCAGUGUAUCCGCGACUUAUCUGAUAAGUGGAAUUCAGGCGGCGCAAAAACUACCAGCUGCAAAUGGUGAGUCCAACGAUAGAGAGGAUACAGCCAUGAGAAGCAGCCCAUAUAUGAGCUCCAUGCCUCAAUCGAAUGAGAAAGAACCUUCUAUGCGCACAACGUCCUUUGUGUUGGCGAGAGAAGAGGAUUUAGAUGAUGCCAAAGCUACAUUUGAAUCUAUAUCGAUGAUACACAUUUACAGCUUGCAGUCGAAUGAACUUCCGGAUCUCAACGCUCUGGUUGAUGUUAACCGAGAGAUUCUCUCAACAUUCGGCAGUGAAGAUCCUCUAGAGUUAGGCAGGCAAUGGGGAAUGAUUCAGAAUCAGAACGUCAAACGCAGGAAGCUAGGCAAGCCGCCUCCACCUGUAGUCGCGCCGGCUGUUCCAAAGGCUGCUGAAGCGCUCAAGAAGGAUGUCCCUAAGAAAGAAGCCGCGCAGCCCAAAAAUGAACCCGAAGUCUCGUCAAGGGAGUCGGCACAGCAAAAGGCACAGCCGAAGACAACGGAAAAGGCGCCUGCCCGUAGGAAGGGAGAUCUCUUCUCCUCUUUUGCGAACGCCAAGCCGAAAUUGAAAAAGGAGGACUCAGCUGCUUCUAGUGUAAAAUCGACAACCGAGAGUGUGCCAAAGAAAGGCAUGUUCGACGAUGAUGACGACGCCGAAGCUGUGGAAGAAGAGGAGCCGUUCUCGAACAGCAAAGAAAGCAAACCUAUGUCGAACCGCGAAUCACGAAAAGAGCGUGAAGCAAAAUUGAAGCAAAUGAUGGAGGAUGACGACGAUGAAGACAUGCCCGAUGCCACUGAAACCCCUGUAGAGUCUGCAGCCGAAGAACCUCAGCAGACGGAACCGCCAAAGGCGCCGGAGCCCGAACCCAAAGAAACAGUCACUGUUCAAGGCGGACGACGCAGAGGCAAGCGGAAGAUCAUGAAGAAGAAGACUGUCAAGGAUGAUGAAGGCUAUCUUGUCACGGUCGAAGAGCCGGCAUGGGAGUCUUUCUCUGAGGAUGAACCAGCGCCACCGCCAAAGAAGAAAGCUGCGGUUAGUGCAACGGGAAAAAAGGCGGGCCAGGGAAAUAUCAUGUCAUUCUUCUCCAAGAAAUGA